CUUGUUAACACGGUUUGGCUAGAAUCGGACUGCCAUUAACAGCGCAAUCCUUUGCAUUUUUACUCGGAAGGAAGCCCCGUACUGUGUCCAGCGGAGGUGGGUGGAGGCUGACUCACUAAUACGUAACUUUAGGAUCGCACGCAGCCGGCUAAAGCACGAGCGGCAGCCGUGAUUGCAGAUGGAUGACUUAAACCGGAAUUUACGAAGGCGAGAGUUUUUGGUGGGGGGCGGAGGCAAAACUGCUACCUGGAGAAGCUACGAUGAGCCGGGCUUCCUCUUUCCGCCCUUCCCCGGAGCAAGCGGGCAAAGCGCCGGAGAGUCCGCCAAUGCCUUAGGAGGAGCCGCCCUCACCUUCCCCGCUAGGCCGAGCAACCAAUAAGGCGCUCCGGGCCGGCGUUCGGCUCCUCCUUCCCGGGGAGGUUGGAGUCCGACGCGGAGUAGGAGGUUGGUUGGGACACAAGCGGCAUAGAAAGUCUCCGGGCGCAAGAGGAGGCGGCCGCGUGGAAGAGGCGAAGGGCUGCGCUGGGGUACAGCGCGUGCCUGGCUGGCCGGCGCACCACUCGGAUCGAGACGCAGCCUAACGCGCGGCUGGAGGAGGAGGAGGAGAGGGGUCGAGAUAUUCUCUUAGCCGGACUUGCAGCAUUCCUUGUCGGGGCUUUGGGGAAACAGCCGCGAUGCCGCUUGCUCAGCUGGGAGCGGAACCUUGGCCCGACAUGGAGCUGGUGGAUAUGGAGCUGGACGCGGAGAAUGGACAAGCUGCUCCAGAAGAAAGAAAGGGAGAUCUGACGAAGGCAAAACACAACCCUACUUGGAUAGAGAGAGACGCUGUGAACACAGCAGAUAAGAAUGAAGGCUCUAUCCAAGAAUAUACCAUCACGUACCUUGUGAAAGAGGGGUCUGAGAAGGCCGAUCCAUCACAGUUCGAGCUUCUUAAAGUCCUGGGACAAGGUUCUUUUGGCAAAGUUUUCCUUGUAAGAAAAAUCACCCCACCAGACGACAGCCACCUUUAUGCCAUGAAGGUCCUGAAGAAAGCAACUCUGAAAGUGCGCGAUCGUGUAAGGACAAAAAUGGAAAGAGACAUCCUAGUAGAAGUCAAUCACCCAUUCAUUGUGAAACUGCACUACGCUUUUCAAACUGAAGGGAAGCUCUACCUCAUCCUCGACUUCCUCAGAGGAGGAGACCUCUUCAUGCGCCUUUCCAAAGAGGUAAUGUUCACCGAGGAAGAUGUGAAAUUCUACCUUGCAGAGCUGGCCCUUGGCCUUGGUCACUUGCAUCGUCUGGGAAUCGUAUACAGGGACCUUAAACCAGAGAACAUCCUCCUGGAUGAUGAAGGUCAUAUCAAGCUCACAGACUUUGGUUUGAGCAAAGAAGCCAUUGACCACGAGAAGAAGGCCUACUCUUUCUGUGGGACAGUGGAGUACAUGGCACCAGAAGUCGUGAAUCGCCAAGGCCACACCCAGAGUGCUGACUGGUGGUCGUAUGGUGUAUUAAUGUUUGAGAUGCUGACGGGAGCCCUGCCAUUCCAAGGGAAGGACCGGAAGGAGACUAUGACACUCAUUCUCAAAGCAAAGCUGGGCAUGCCCCAGUUUCUGAGCUCCGAAGCACAGAGUCUCCUGAGAGCGCUUUUCAAGAGGAACCCAGCCAACAGGUUAGGUUCCACGUCAGAUGGCGUUGAAGAAAUAAAACGUCACCCUUUCUAUUCCACCAUUGAUUGGAAUAAGCUCUUUCGCCGAGAAAUCACGCCACCUUUCAAACCUGCCGUGGGCCAACCAGACGAUACCUUUUACUUUGACAAAGAGUUUACCUCCCGUACGCCAAAAGACUCCCCUGGGAUUCCGCCAAGCGCAGGGGCCCAUCAGCUCUUCCGGGGGUUCAGUUUUGUGGCCACUGGGUUGAUAGAGGAUGAGAAGGCCAAAUCUCCACCAGUGCCAUUGCAUUCUAUGGUACAGCAACUGCAUGGCAAGAAUCUCCAGUUUAGUGAUGGUUACGUAGUGAAGGAGGCGAUUGGUGUGGGUUCCUACUCGGUGUGCAAGCGCUGCAUUCACAAGGCAACAGGCACAGAAUAUGCUGUCAAGGUCAUUGACAAGAGUAAGCAGGAUCCCUCGGAGGAGAUUGAGAUACUCCUACGGUACGGACAGCACCCAAAUAUCAUCACAUUGAAGGAUGUAUACGACGAUGGCAAGCAUGUUUAUCUGGUGACUGAGUUAAUGAGAGGAGGGGAGCUUCUGGAUCGCAUCCUCAAGCAGAAGUGCUUCUCCGAAAGGGAGGCCAGCUCUGUCCUACACACGAUCUGCAAGACCGUGGAAUAUCUUCACUCCCAAGGGGUGGUCCACAGAGACUUGAAACCUAGCAACAUCCUCUACGUAGAUGAAUCUGGCAACCCAGAGUCUAUUCGCAUUUGCGACUUUGGCUUUGCCAAGCAGCUACGGGCAGACAAUGGGCUGCUCAUGACCCCUUGCUAUACGGCCAACUUUGUGGCUCCAGAGGUUUUGAAGCGGCAAGGCUACGAUGAAGCUUGUGAUAUCUGGAGCUUAGGGAUCCUCCUCUACACAAUGUUGGCGGGGUACACUCCAUUUGCAAAUGGGCCCAGCGACACCCCCGAGGAAAUCCUCCUGCGGAUUGGUGGGGGAAAGUUUUCGCUCAAAGGAGGAAAUUGGGACACAGUUUCUGACGCAGCCAAGGACCUGGUAUCAAAGAUGCUCCAUGUGGAUCCUCAUCGGCGCCUGACAGCCAAACAAGUCCUCCAGCACUUGUGGAUAACCCAGAAGGACAAGUUGCCCCAGAGCCAGUUGAAUCACCAGGAUGUGCAGCUUGUAAAGGGUGCCAUGGCUGCAACAUACUCCGCGCUGAACAACUCCAAGCCAGGUCCCCAGUUAAAGCCCAUUGAGUCCUCCUUCUUGGCACAGAGGCGGGUCAAGAAGCUCCCAUCUACCACCCUGUGACCUGGGAAUGGUGGGAGCGUACGCACACACAUACACACACACAGCCAGUGCUGCUUCUUGACUCUGCACAAGCUUCCCUGGACAACCAGAGGAGCAAGAAAAUGACACCCCAGCAAGAAGUCCACUUUGAAGCACUUCCUCAAAUGCACAACAGGGUCAAGUGCCUUCAGGAAGACUAGCUCUUGCUCUCCCCAUGGAAUUAUUUUUCGUUUGAUUGUUUUAAGUGUACAGAGAGACUAUUUGUAAAGGGAUCUAUAUAGAUGUAUAUCGGGAUUUGAACAUGCCUUGAUGCUGGUGACACAGCCGAUUUCCUCCACCUGCAAAGGGCCAAGCCUUGGACAAGUUGAUGCUUCUGCAACACAAACCUGGUACAGCUGGAACAACAUUUUCUCCUCCUCUCUCACCAAGGUCGCUCCAAUGGGGUGCUUUGUUUGUCUUUAGGAUCCCCUCUGUUUGUGCAAACUCUCUCUCUCUCUCUUACAUAAUUAUGAGUUCUUGUGUGCAUGAGCUUCUUGAACUUCAUGUUCCCCAUCCUCCAAGCCAUGUGGUUGCUAUCCAAGAAGAUUUUGAACAUUCCUCUUUUCUCACCCUCCCCAUUUGGACAUCAUGCUAUUAUGGACAUCCCCCACUUGCAGGGCGCUGGGAUUACUCCUCUUUUUCUAUAUUCUUGAAUCCAAUUGACUCCUAGACCUAUGCUAGAGUCUAUCUAGCUUUUGAAUCUGCAAUGGGCUUGUAAAAGAACUCUUUUUCCCACUGUGAAGAUGUCAUUUUUUUAGGUGGGGGGGUUGUCUUUGGUUUUUAAAAACUCGUAUCAUAUAGCACAAUCCAGAGCCUCAUGAUGCAAAGUGCAAAAAAAAAAAUCAGCUUUUUUAUUAUUUAACUGGUUCUGUGGCUGGUAACUCAGGGUUUCUGUCUGAAUUUUCAAAUAAAACAUACCAUGCAGUGAA